AUGUCGUGGAUGGGAAAGACGUUAAUCGUCGUGAACUCGGACGGUUCGAUGCUGUACGUGCCGCCGUCGUCUUUGCGUGUGUUUUGUAGGAGAGACUACCACGCCGGUCCCCACCUUGAGGAAUUCCGAUGCACGCUGAAACUUGGCUCCUGGACUUACAAUGGACACCAGGUGGAUAUAGACAUUAAAGAUGACAGCGCCGACCUGUCAUCGUUCAUCAAGACUGGUGAGAUCUGGGAGCUGCAGGGAGCGUCCAUUAAGAAGAACACCGUGUACUACGAGUGCUGCCAGCCGUACGUGGAUGCGACACUGGAGGUGAAGCUGCGCCGCUCUGGCUCGCUGUCGGCGUGGCCCAACCUGCCGGUGGCCGUGUCGCUGCUGACGGCGCUGGCCGGUCUGUUGGUGCCGGUCGACUCGCCACAGAAGCUGACCCUGCCCUGUCUGAGUGUGCUGGCGGCCGGCGGUGCGGCGCUCGCCGAGUUCGGCCUGGUGGGCACCGCCGAGUACCGGGCGCACUACCUGCGCACCUACCACGCCUACACGUACAUCGCCGUGGCCGUGCUGCUCUGGACCGUGCUGGUGGUGGUGUUGGGCCGGCCGCGCGCCUGCCGGCUGCCCGCCUGUCUGCGCCGGCUGCUGACCGGCUGCCUGGCCUGUGUCUGCUGUCUGGCCGCGCCGCCCGAGCCGGACGCCAAGGGCCUCUGUCACGAGUGGACCGCGCUGGCCGGACUGCUGGACCGACUGGCGUUCCUCGUCUUCCUGGUGCUGAUCGUGGUGGGCUCCGCCAGCUCCAUGGGCUACUAG